UCAAACAUAAUUUUUUUUAGACGUGAUUUCAGCGGAGAUACAAAAAUGUGACCCCAAAUUUGGACAAAGGAACGCAAGGCAUUUUUGUAGCAGGGGUAACCCCCUUUUCCGGUUGGCUAUUUCCCUGGAGACGCGGACGACAUAAAUUAUCAAUUCUGAGUUAAAACCGUGUUGUCCGGAGAUGCAAAGUAAAUGUUUUCAAACAAGAACAACUUGCGCGUGAAAAUCUAAGUAUCUUUCGAUUGUUCUAGUUACAGUACUAUUUGCAAAGGAAGUAGUUCAAACUUAAUGACGUCAUUGCCAAGUGUCAGCGUUUCCGGUGUCUCAAAAAUCUUGAUCCCGCCCUCAUUGUCAAUCGACCGAAUGCAGAAAAACAUGAACGCGUGGUCGGAUUGAUCAGGGAAAAUGGUUCUCAAGAAUUUUCUAGAAUUUGUUCUAUUAAAAGAGCAAGUUGAUCAGAAAUUCGCGUUUAUAGUGAAGAAAGUUAAUUUUUUAUUCGACGUUCAACUUAAGAGAGAAGAAACCCAAGACAAAGAACGUUGCUGGGUGAAAGUCGAAGGCAACGAAGAUGACAUUCGCCGUGCCAAGGACUACAUCAUAGCAUUUUGUUCAGGGACACUUUGUUCGCCCGAAGAAGCAGAGAUUGUUUGGAACGAAAACAACAAUACAUCGUCUCAAAUUGACAGCGCUUUGACAAAACAAGCUCCAUCUGUGGUCGACAUAAAGAAAGAAGAGUGUAACCGAGAUCACAUAACUCAACAAGCGCCGAGCAGCGUUGAAACGACUGUGCUAAAGAAGCCCAAUCAGGUUGAUUCGGGGUUGAUUUCGCGGACCGAAAUCUCGAACGAUUCUAGUGCCGACAGCAAAGAAUUCGAUUCUCAAAGCCAGGAAUGUGCUGAUGUAGCUACUAGCUGCGAAAAAGAGGGACAAAGGAAGGCAAACGAAAUGGUCGUCAAUCGAACUGUGGUUAAAAAGCCUGAUGAGAUCGAGGAGAAGGAAAAAGUCCGCGAUUCUGAAAAUACUUGCGAUGUUGCAGCAAGUGGGGAGUCGUUGAGAUACUUCGCUAAGAAACUCGGUUAUCACGAGGACACGAUUGCAACGGGGCUCAGCAAGCUUGGUCCUUUAGCCGACACGAACUCGCUUUUAUCAGAACUAGUGAAAGCGCAGUCUUCAGUAAAGCAGUUGGAAGAGGGAUCGUCUACUUUCUCGUACGAGAAACCUCAUCCAGCGCUGGAAGAUCCGAGUUGUCUGAGACCGAUCGUUAUUGAUGGGAGCAAUGUCGCGAUGAGUCAUGGUACCCAGAGAGUGUUCUCAUGCAGGGGAAUAGGUAUUGUGGUGGAUUGGUUUCUCAAAAGAAAUCACCGUGACAUCAAAGUGUUUGUCCCAAAGUGGCGGGAAAAGUCUUCACGGCCUGACUCACCUAUUGUUAACCAAGAAGUUUUAAAAAGGCUUGAGCAGGACAGGCUUCUGGUUUGGACCCCAAGUCGAACAACACCAAAUGGUAGAAUUAUAAAAUGUUACGAUGACAGAUACAUUAUAAAGCAUGCUGCUGAUAAUGACGGUGUGGUUGUUUCAAAUGAUAACUUCCGUGAUUUGAUGGGUGAAAGCCACGAUUGGAAGAAGGUCAUUGAGCAGCGGCUGUUGAUGUAUACAUUUGUUGAUGACAAAUUUAUGCCUCCAGAUGACCCUCUCGGUCGACAUGGCCCAACCUUGGACGAGUUCCUAAAAAAAGGGUCGGGCAAAUUAUGCCCGUACCUGCGGAACUGUACUUAUGGGAAGCGAUGCAGAUUUCUUCAUCCUGACAGAAAUCCAGGGAAGGAACUGGACUCAUAUCAGCCAAGCACCGAGCAUUUGCCCCCAGAAGUUCCUUAUGGUCAGGUUUCAAGACCAAACCGACCAUUGCCUCCUUGUCCCCCUGAAGUGCCACAAAACACAAGACCACUUCCUUCAGUACCAACAGACUUCUGUCAAAAACCACUUCCACUUCCACCACAUAGUGAAUUUCCUGCUGAGAUGGCAAGAGUGUUUCCACCUACUCUACGCUCAGGCCAGGGAAUAGGAAUGGGCCAGAGGCGAUCUGACCCCCUACCAGGUCCUAAGGGACUGCCUCCUGAGGUCCAGAUAAUGCAGGACCGUUUCCAGCGCACACACAGUGUGCCAAGUGUUCCCAGUGUGCAAGAACAGGCUUGCUGUGGUCCUCCUCCUGGUGCCAUCAGUCCAGUAGUGAGACGUGGUAGUGUUCCACACGUUUGCCAUCCACCACCACCAUAUUCAUCCCCAUCAGGGCCCCCAGAAAUUAUGGUUCGUGGUGGUUCAAUGCCAUUGCCUAGUUUUGCAAAUGACAGUGGUGUAGUCAGCAGUGAAUGGAUGUUACAAAAGCAGAUGUUUGGCAGGCAGUCAUACCCAUAUCCACCACAAUUUUCGUCCAAUCCACCAGUCAGCAGCCAUCCACCAACCAGUCUGCCAAUGAAUCAUUGGAACUUUCCUCCAUUUCACCAGCAGCACCAUCAGUAUGCUGCCACACAUCAGCAGUAUCAGCAUUAUAGCCCUGCACCACCAGGGUAUGCUCCAGGUUACAGACGCACUCCCUAUCAAGGUCAGAGGAAUGGUUAUUUCCGAUCAAGAGCACCACCAAUAAUUGGAGGAAUGUGCGAUGAUGUCACUGACAAUCCAAGAGAAAGUGGUGACUCAUCACACGAGGAGCUUCGAAUCCAAGCAUAUGACAAACUUUGUGAACUUUUCCCAGAUGAUGUGGAAAAAGUCUUGAAGUUACUGGAUAAGUACUCAGAUGAAACAAGUGUUGAAACAUUGACCCAACAUAUGUUGGACAAUACAGAUGAUUAGUUACAUGUAUGUAUAGAAUUGUUUGGUAUUCUGGCUUACUAUGUGAAGUAGAAAAAUAGAUAUUUUACAGAAUUUUGGUAGUGCAAGAGUUUAAGUUGGUGUACAGAACGACAAAAAUAUAUUGUAAUGUCAUCCUUUAAACUCUCAAUCAUAUAAAGUAUGAUCUAUGACUUGACCAAACUUACUCAAUAUGUGAAAAGGUACAAAUCAAGUACAAAAUUGGUUUCCUUGAAACAGUUCUUCAAAGUAGGAAGAGUUUUUUUGAUGACCACAGCAUGUCAACAUGGCUCAAUGUCAGGUUUCAGAUUUUUGUGCUGUUCUUCAAGGUCUUCUGCUCCUGAAAAUUAAUCUCAAAGGUAAGUAGUCUAGUUUGUAACUUGAUGCUUUUAAUAUCUUCGUGGAUGUAGAGGACUCAAAGAAUGGUAUAUGCAUUUGACUGUUAAUAACUAAAUGAUAGAUUUGGCAGUGAUAGUAUUUUUUUUUAAUGCCAGAAAGUUGGCAUUUAUGGCGGUUUGAUCGUAAUAAUUUAGGAGAAAACAACAGAUUCAUUUGACAAUAUUAAUUUUUGUAAAACAAUGUUUGCAAGUUGCAUUAUGCAGUCAUUUUAUAAAUGCCAUAAUAUACUCCUUAUGUUUUAUUGAGGUUUGAUUGAAGUUAAAAGCAAAGUAUUCGUGCAGGAUAGCAGUUGAACUGUUAUAGUUCAUGCAUUUUGAUGUUGACAUGCUGUUGUUUUACAUGCGGGUAGAAUGUUAGACUUUAAGAUUUUAAGUACAGACUGGGCAGGAAAAUCAUUGUUGGUUACUAGAAGAUCAGUAAUGAGAAAGUCAAAUCUGACAGAUAUUUCCUCAUAAAGUAGUCCAGGUUGUUUUGGAAAACAUGCAUUAGAAUUAUGCCAGUUGUUGCGGGGAAGCAAUUCAUGGUGGUGUAUAGUAUCGUAACAGACUUUUAGCCAGGAUUGGAAAAAUAGGCCUCUAAAAAGUACUAUAGGGCCUCCUCAAAUGAACAAUAUAUCAGGCAACAUGAAAAAUAAAACAAUUUUAUUAAAUUUUAUUACUUUAGAAAGUGGCCGUCCGUGGAUGCCUGGACACCCAUCUGGCUAAAAGUCUGUACCAAAAGGAGAACACAAAGACCAUAAAUGAAUCCAUCUUGAAUAGAGUACAUCACAUGAGUCGGGGAUAUGUAAUCUGUUUAAUAUGGCAGGAAUUUUAAGACUUUUUUGCAAAGAUGAAGGGCAUUUGUAGAGCAUGUUGAUUGAGACAGAACUUAGUUUCUUGCUGGUCAAGAAACUUUUCUUGCAGGGCAAGAAGGUUUUCCUACUUUUCCAUCAAAGGUAGAUAGAAUAUUUUCUAUGCAUGCACUCAUUGACCCCAAGCUGCCUUAACCUUGAAAAAUUCCCAACAGAAGUAAACAAAAUGACAAGAAUCAAGAUAAGAUAAGUGAAGUAUUGAAAGAAAUUUGAACUAGGAAAUGUUGGUCUUGAUUUACAAACAUAUUCUCAUAACCUGCCAUAAGCAAUGUAUGGUGAAUUUCUUAGGAGAAUUACCAGUUUGAACUUAAGAAUGAUUCGAAAGGGUUAAGCUGGCUUUUGUACUUAUUUCUUAUAUUUACUGUUGCAUUGUUGAGUUAUGAGUGGAAUAACAAUGUGAAAGCUAUUUUUAGCAGUUUAUUGAUAAUUUAUGUUUAAUGUAUUAAUCCCUGUACAGUUUCGUAUCAGGUUUUUUCUGAUGUUCACUUUUUAAAUGUUUGCAUUGUAAAGUGAUCCUUUUAUCAUUUUUGUAGGUAAUUAAAUUUAUUCCAGAGCUUAUUGUUAGACCACAUGUAAGAUUUAGAUCAUAAACAUUUCAUUAAUCGUACUUACAAUUUCUUUAACACCUAAAGGAUAUAUCAAAGAGAAUGUCGACCAUUUUAAUCAGAAUAUUGAUAAACGGCAGUCAAUUAUUGUUACUGCAGCCCAUAAAAUGUUUAGAGUAUGUAGUUCAAUGGUGUCUGUUAUCAGACUUUUUCAGCAGUCAAGAUUAUGAUAACUGAAUCAUCAGGCAUUAUUUGAUAAUAUGAACUUCAUUGAAGUUGCGUGUUCAGAUUUGCUAAGGUUAUCCAGCCUCCUUUGGAAAAAUUUUACACAAUGGUGCAACACAUUGAGGUGGUGCAAUCCUUGGAAUAAUAACAAUUAACUAUAAAUCUGACAUGAAUUUGAACGAUAAGCUCCGGGCAGAUUGCUCUUUGUGAGAGCUUGUGAAUUAGUUUACAUAGGAUGAACGUAAGGGAUGUGCUAAUUCAAUCCACUAAGUGCAGUUUGUUAGUCAAGUGGUCGGCUGUUGGUUAAAAGUAACUGCAGUUGUAGGCAUGUCACCCAAGAAAGAAACUGUCAAUAAAGCUUUUAGAAAACAAGAGG